AAGCGGCUCUGUCUACACUCCUGCCACUCAGACACCGAAGCCAGAGCGGACACCAGCAGCAAAAGGUGACCAGGAGGUGAGACAGAGCCACUGACAGAGGACUCAAGAAAAACCGCUCUUUUUCUUCUUUCCUGGGAAGCCUCCAGGAUGUCUGAGCUGGAGAAGGCCAUGGUGGCCCUCAUUGACAUCUUCCAUCAGUAUUCCGGGCGAGAGGGCGACAGGCACAAGCUGAAGAAAUCAGAGCUCAAGGAGCUCAUCAACAACGAGCUCUCCCACUUCCUGGAGGAAAUCAAAGAACAAGAAGUCGUGGACAAAGUCAUGGAAACACUGGAUGAAGAUGGAGAUGGAGAGUGUGACUUCCAGGAAUUUAUGGCCUUCGUCUCCAUGGUGACUACAGCCUGCCACGAGUUCUUUGAACAUGAGUGAGGCAGAAAAGGAACCACGCUGUUCCUGUGGCAGACAUGAAGGUCACAAGAGGAAGCAGAGCGAAGGCUUGCAGGCUCGAAGGAGCUGAGCUCUCCAGCCACAUGUAACUAAUUAGGAAGCUUGAUUUGCUCUGGGAAAGAAAACAGAAAGCCUUCCCAAAGCUGCUUUAAAUUAGCACAUCGUUAUUUCUGCUACGUUAGGCAUUCCUGGGAGCUGUCUGGUCCCAAAAAUCAAUGCUCAGCAGUAAAGCAUGUGUUGCAGACCGCCAGGCCCCUGUAGAAGCAGGACCCAGAAGAAGCAAGGCAGGCCACCAAGCGCAGUUCUAUAGGACAGCAUUGCUAAUGCUUCCGAAAGACCCGAGACUCCACAGCUGGAGCCACUGUCACUGGAAGAGGCUGCUUUUCCUUAACGUCUCCCUUACCCUGUUUGUGCCAACGAUGCCCAAGAAAGCGGACAGUCUGAUCACAACACCCUCCCCCAGCCCAAAUGAGCAAGGCCACUUAAGCCUCUACUUUCAGUGAGCAGCCGUUGCUAAGUAAAUAUUUAAUGUCAACAGUUCUAACUGGAAAAAAAUAGGUCUCACAAACUAAGUAUUAACAUUCUGACUCGAGACUGAGGAUCAAAAUUCUAUUCAGUAGACUUCUUUUAGGAUGACACUGUUAUUCCUGUAGGACAUGUACGGAGGAGCAUGGCCAUAGUGUAAUGUUGGGGAAUCAUCUUUUUGUACACUGUGAAGAUGUGUCACUCUGACUGGUUUAAUAAAAAGCUGAAUGGCCAAUA